CACGAGAGGGGUGGGGCCACGGCUGUGCGCGUUCUGAUAGCAGAAACGCGGACGGUGAAUAACUGAGAUUGCGUUUGGGCCUCUGUCCAGUCUGCUUGUGUGCCCUGAGUAGUUUAAGAUUAGGUCAGGUUAACGCUUGUGUACGUCUGAUGUUGACCUACAUAACUAGCAAACAAAAGGCAAGAGAAAAAACAGGGUUGCAAAAUUUUAAAGUAAGUGUCCAAAGUUCACGUUGAAGCACUAUUUUAUCUGAUGAGCUGCCUGGAGAGUUCAGUUCCGAGUCCACCUUUGCACCAGCAUGAGUCUGUCUGCAGAGAGCCACAGUAUUCUUCUCAGCGAUGGGAACCAUAUGCCCAUACUGGGAUUGGGAACCUUUGGGGACCCCCGGACGACGCCUAAGGGCACAGCACUCAAGUGUGUCAAGCUGGCCAUAGAUGUGGGCUACAGGCACUUUGAUGGAGCAUUGGUGUAUUUCAAUGAGCAUGAAGUGGGUCAAGCCAUUAGAGAGAAGAUUGCUGACGGAACUGUGAAAAGAGAGGACAUCUUUUAUUGUGGAAAGCUCUGGAAUACCUUCCAUCCCCCAGAGUUGGUGAGACCGACCCUGGAGAGAACACUGAAGACGUUAAAACUGGACUAUGUGGACCUCUACAUAAUCGAGCUUCCCAUGGCCUUUAAGCCUGGAAAAGAGUUCUAUCCAAAAGAUAAAAAUGGAAAAUACAUCUAUCACCACACAGACCUCUGUGCAACAUGGGAGGCUUUGGAGGCUUGCAAAGAUGCAGGACUGGUUAAGUCUCUGGGAGUCUCCAAUUUCAACCGUCGACAGCUGGAGCUUCUACUGAAUAAACCGGGACUCAAGCACAAGCCUGUGUCCAACCAGGUCGAGUGUCAUCCAUAUUUCACCCAACCCAAGCUUUUGGACUACUGUCGUCAGAAUGACAUUGUGAUUGUUGGUUAUUGCCCACUUGGUUCUUCCAGAGAUGCAUCCUGGGUGAAUGUGAAAUGUCCCCCCCUUCUGGACGAUGAACUGCUUGUAUCCAUUGGUAAAAAAUACAACAAGAGCACUGCACAAGUAGCUCUGCGCUUCAACAUCCAGAGAGGAGUCGUAGUGAUUCCCAAGAGUUUUAGUCCCGAGAGGAUCAAACACAACUUCCAGAUCUUUGAUUUUGCACUGAGUGAGGAAGAGAUGAAAGCCAUCGAAGCCCUAAACAAAAAUAUCCGUUUUGUGGAGCUACUGAUGUGGAGUGAUCAUCCUGAGUACCCAUUCCACGAUGAAUUUUAAAUUCUCUGGAAUGAGCUUUAUUUUUGAUUUUUUUCAACAUUAAAGAUUUCCAAUGGUACAUUUGACACCUAACACUAGGGGGCUCUAGUUUACAAUGAAUAAAAAACCUGGGAAUGAAAGUUUUCAGUAAUAACAUAAAGUACAGCAUUUUACCCAUUGAUCCCACAUGUGAUUUUGAAAAGCAGUUUGUUGCAAGCAAUAUGUAAUAAAUACAAAAUACAACUCUA